AUGAGGUUUUCUAUCCUCAUUUCGUUUCUACUUGUCGCGUUAGCGACGACUGUUUUUGCAUCCUGGUCUGCUGAAGACCAAGAGAUCUUCCGAGUGCGUGACGAACUGGAGCUCGCCGAGGGUGAAGGGACCACCUUCUAUGAAUUUAUCGGUCUUGGAAAGAAUCACGGAGCUUCGCAGGAGGAAAUUGGUCGCGCCUACAAGAAGCAAUCGAUUCGUCUACACCCCGACAAGCAAAAACACCUUCCUCCCCCUGGCCAAAAGAAGCUCACCAAAGCGCAACUCGCCGAGUCCAAGAAGCGUGCCGAAGAACGUUUUGCCCGCCUAGCUAUUAUCGCUGAUGUUCUUCGUGGAGAGGGUCGUGCGCGCUACGACCACUUUCUUAAGAACGGGUUUCCACUCUGGAGAGGCACCGGGUACUACUAUGCCCGUUACCGCCCCGGCCUCACCAGUGUCCUGAUCGGUCUGUUUGUCUUCUGCGGUGGUGGAUUGCAUUAUUGUAUUUUGUGGCUCAAUGCCAGACAGCAAAGGGCCUUCAUGGAACGCUACAUCAAGCACGCCCGCACUGCAGCAUGGGGUGAGGCUGGUAUCCCGGGUAUUGCAGAUAUCCAGGCCGCCGAAGAUUCUGGCUCCUCCGGCGAGGCUGCUCCACAACAACCGAUGAAUCGUGCACAGCGCCGGACAAACAAGGUCGCAAAGGGCAGUUCCGGAACUUCAACUCCUGUCCCCGGCCCCAAGGGUGCUGGUAAGCGUAAGGUUGUUGCUGAGAAUGGAAAGAUUCUCAUCGUGGACUCCGCUGGUAAUGUCUUCCUCGAGGCAAAGGACGAAGAUGGCAACAAUGCCCACUACCCACUGGACACCAAUGAUAUCGAGGGCCCAAAAGUUCGCAACACGUUUCUCAUUAGACUGCCGAUGUGGUUCUUCAACAUCACUAUUGGUCGCUUCCUCCCGGCGAAGAAGGUUGUUGAUGAGGAGUACGAGGAGGAGUACGAGGAAGAGGAGGAGCUUGUCGAGGAAGAAACUGCAGCUGCCGGUGAACUAAAGGUUGUGAAACCUAAGAAGAAGGGCGUCCCAAAGAAGGUUGAGAGUAGGGGAGAUGGCAUGCCAAGAAGGAAGGUGGUUGCCAGGCCGGCUAAGAAGCAAAAGUAG